AUGAUCAAAUGCCUUAACGUAGAAGAUCUCUAUGUCGUUUAUGGCAGCGACCUCUCUGAUUCUGACGAUAUUUUAUAUGAAAUUUCAAGUCAAUUCUCAGAAUCAAGUGAUGAGAGCGAUGAAGACAUCCGUAUGAUGCAGUUUACUUUUCCUCAAGAUGACGAAACCUCUCACAUUAAAUUAAGCAGUAUUAUUGGUGAAGAAGUCCAGUUUACGAACGAACAACUCAUUCAGUUCACUAAACUCCAGAAGCUGAAAAAAGAAGAAGUCUACAAAACUUCCAAGUUCUCCAUUUUUUCAAAAAGGAUCCUUGAACAAUUCAGCGGUGAUACCACUAGCGAUUACACCUCUAGUGGCAAGUAUGGAUUCAAUAUCCUCAACAACGACAAGGUUGCUCGAUGGCGACAGCAGAAUCCUUUUGCACGCUACAUUUAUAUAGGAAUGGUUCAGAUCAAAAUUACUUCUCUGUUCCGCAAAGGAACUGAUCAACCCAUUCCUACCCUCGUUAUGGAUAAUCGAUUCCAUAAUCCUAUUGAUGCCCUCAUUGGUGGCGUUCAAUCCAAUCUUGUUAAUAACGUAAUUUGGUUUAAAAUCAAACCAAAUUAUUUUGUUUAUCUUUCUGACCCCAACAUUGAGAGAGUUCUCCAAGUAAAACUUUAA